ACUCAGAUUUUCCGAGCGACGAUCCAGCCGCUCGAAAUCAACGGGCGUAUCACGGCUGUUCUACAUGCGACUUCAUUUCCAAAGAUAUAAGCACAGAAACCUUUGGAAAUCUUGAAUAAUGUUGCCGAAUCUUGGCGAAGGGGGAAAUUGAAGAAAUUCUUUUUAAUCACGUUUUGUUGCGCAUCAACGGAGACACGUGCCUUCGAGGUAAACAGAAAGGGCUCGCUAGAUCGUGUCAGCACGUUCUAUUUUUUUCUCUGGUUUAUUUACCACAAAAGGGCUAGACGUCAACCAUCUAUUUGCCUUUGUGCGCCUUGGUAUUAAAGACGCCGUUGGAAAUGUCGGAAGUGCUGCCUUUCAACGAAGAAAAAAUGAGUCAUUAUGGAAAUGAGGGCGACGAGGGACACCUUUCCUUCACCUGUCGCCUUCAAGACACCAACAACUUCUUCAGUGGCUCACAGAAUGGCAAACGCCCGCCGAAACUCGGACAAAUAGGCAGGAGCAAACGGGUUGUGAUCGAGGACGAGAACGUUGACGACACACAGAAAAAUGGAACAGAGAAGACCCCUCCAGAGGCUUAAACCAUGACCCCCCCUCCCCAUCCUCACACAUUUUCUUAAACCAUUACCCCCCCCCCCCCCCUCCAUCACACACACGCACACACACUCCCUGAAAAUACAUAAUUUUUUAUUCAAUAUUAACAGUUUUAAUCCAAAGACACUGUAUAUAAGCACUUUCAUGCGGCAGCAGACCUCCCGGUUGUGACGGUAGCCUGGUAGAGCAGGUAGGAGGAGCUGGCCUGGUAGAGCAGGUAGGAGGAGGUGGCCUGGUAGAGCAGGUGGGAGGAGGUGGCCUGGUAGAGCAGGUAGGAGGAGUGGCCUGGUAGAGCAGGUGGGAGGAGGUGGCCUGGUAGAGCAGGUAGGAGGAGGUGGCCUGGUAGAGCAGGUAGGAGGAGGUGGCCUGGUAGAGCAGGUGGGAGCAGGUGGACUGGUAGAGCAGGUAGGAGGAGGUGGCCUGGUAGAGCAGGUAGGAGGAGCUGGCCUGGUAGAGCAGGUAGGAGGAGGUGGCCUGGUAGAGCAGGUGGGAGGAGGUGGCCUGGUAGAGCAGGUAGGAGGAGGUGGCCUGGUAGAGCAGGUGGGAGGAGGUGGCCUGG